ACACACUCACUCACUCAAUCUGUGGUGGUGAUGGUGCAGUCCCGGGCGUCAGGUGGAGGCAGAGGUGCAGGAGGUGGUGUGUGUGGCUGGCUGGCGGCGUUGCUGGCUCUGUGGUCCAUGGUGUCACUGGUGGUGAUUGUGGUGUGGGCCACGUGGACACCACGGGCAGGGACACGGCGGUGUGAGGGGCAGCGGCACAACCUGAUGGAAAACAUGGAGGGAGCGAGAGUGGUGUGGGAGAGAGAGAGAGAGACGGCCGAGACACAGAGACAGAUCAGCACCGACAUACAGACACGACUGCAACGAGAGAUACACAACAUCACACACACCAUCACACACAUUAACCAGAUGCUCACAUACCACCUGCACACACAGGCUGUGUUGAGAGAGAAUCUCACAGCUCUACAGAACGAGGUGCAGCAGUACAAACAUGCAGUGGAUAAACUCACCACUGAACACACACACUGCACAGCACUGAUAGAGGAGUUGCAGGUGAACUUAACUCAUGAACAGCAUCAGCUGGACUCGUGUUCGUCUCUCUGUGACGCUGCGAGGAGUCGAUACGCCGCCGCUGAGAGUCAGAGAAAAGCCUGUGAAAUACACACCAAAUACCUGCACACACAACUUCAGAAGUGUGAGCUCAGACCCUGAGGCUCAGCUGAUUUCCGUAUAGCAGAAGAAACCCAAUGAGACCCUCUGUGUCGCUCACUUCCCCUGUGCACUACUCGGUGACACCCUCUGUGUCGCUCACUUCCCCUGUGCACUACUCGGUGACACCCUCUGUGUCGCUCACUUCCCCUGUGCACUACUCGGUGACACCCUCUGUGUCGCUCACUUCCCCUGUGCACUACUCUGUGACACCCUCUGUGUCGCUCACUUCCCCUGUGCACUACUCGGUGACACCCUCUGUGUCGCUCACUUCCCCUGUGCACUACUCUGUGACACCCUCUGUUUCGCUCACUUCCCCUGUGCACUACUCGGUGACACCCUCUGUGUCGCUCACUUCCCCUGUGCACUACUCGGUGACACCCUCUGUGUCGCUCACUUCCCCUGUGCACUACUCUGUGACACCCUCUGUGUCGCUCACUUCCCCUGUGCACUACUCGGUGUUUUCUCUUCACUACAUUACUGUUGGACUGUUGAAACAUUAUUGUUUACACUGUACGGUGAUUGUGAACUUUUUGAUAUUAAAACACUGAGGUUUAAGACUUAAUAUUUUUAGUCUUGUUGUGAGAAAUGUAUUGAACACAAAUAUUGUGCACAGCUGUAAAGAUUUAUCCUUGAGGUGUAUAAACUUAAUAUCAUCCAAAAUGAUGUGAAUAUCAUCGACUCUUCACAAACACAUCUGUAUUAUUAGAGAAGUCACUAGAGCUCAUGUAUGUUUUAAUUUAUGUCUGUAACCUGAUGUAAACUUUCACAUGGAAAACUUACAGCUUCACAUUUAUUCCUGGUUCACUGAGAUAUUUUUUUAUAAAUAAAACACUUUUUGCACAAUG